AGCCAGAAGAACCAGCAGCUACUAUAAAAUUGAAAGUGAAAUUCAGGUACAGGUGAUGAUUAUGUUGACUGUUGAUGUCAGUAGUUCAGCAUUUGCUACUUCAGAGGAAAAAGUUUUAAGGGAGGCAAACAAGCAGCAUGUGAGAUGUCAGAAAUGUUUAGAGUUUGGACAUUGGACGUAUGAAUGUACAGGGAAGAGAAAAUACCUGCAUAGACCUUCAAGGACAGCUCAAUUAGCGAAAAUUCUUAAAGAAAAAGAAAAGCAACUAUUACUGCAACAAAGCACCGGAGAAAGUACUGCAGAAAGGAAGACCAAGAAAAAAAGAUCUAAAAGCGUGACCAGUUCCAGCAGCAGCAGCAGUGCCAGUUCGGCUAGCGACUCCUCCUCUGACAGUGAAGAUUCUUCUACCUCUUCUUCUUCUGAUGAUAGUGACAGUGAUGAGAGCUCCUCUACUUCCUCAUCUUCUCCAUCCUCAAGUAGUACUUCCUCCUCUUCAGAGUUCGAAUCGGAUUCUAGUUCCUCCAGCAGUAGCAGCAGCAGCACAGACAGUAGCUCUGAUGAUGAGCCACCAAAGAAGAAGAAGAAGAAAUAGUGUGGUACGGUGUAGAACUGUUGGUUAGUGAAGGAUAACGCUCUUCAGAGAUGUUUUGAGCACAUGGUUGCCAAACAGUUUAACUGGUCAACAUUUCUACUGCUAAAACUUUCUAAAUGUUUUGCAUAGUUGUUCAUAGGACAUGAAAGGUAUUAAAUGGCAAGUGAGACUUACUGAAAGAGUAUUUUUGUGGUUUAUCCUUUUAUGGAAAAUUUUACUUUUUUAGUUCAAAAAUCUAUCAUCAGAUUUGUUUAUAUGAGCAAAGGUCCAGUAACCUGGAUGUUUACAUGCUGGAAAGCAAAAGCUUGUUAUUGCAGAUCAUGCUGUGCAUCAUAUGCUCCUAUUCUGUUUAUGACAGCUUCGCUUACAUUUACAAAAUCCUCUGAACUCUUAGAAGCAGAAGUUUCACACUCCUGGCUGUAGAGCACUGUCAUUGUUGAGACUGAAUGCACAAAGUUGCACACAGAGGGCCUUCCAUCUCACUGUUAACAGAUGUAUUAUAUGCUGCUGAGCUUUUUUUUUUUUCCAAUGGCUUUUCCUGAU